AUGAGUCUGCCGUUUAAAUCACAAAAUACAAAGGCUGCUGCUACCAAACGAAUCAUACGAGAUUUGAGAGAUCUGGAUAAACAUCCGAUACCAGGACUUGGUGUCAACUGUCCAGAUGAAUCAAAUCCAUUCGUUUUACAUUGUAAUGUAUGUAUUCAAGUAUUGAUUAAUGAUGGACCCUAUAAAGGCAUUAUGAUUCAUUUAAUUCUUCAUAUUCCAGAAGAUUAUCCACUGACGGGUCCUGCUGGAAAUAUAGCACCUGGCUUAGAAUUUGAUUCUAGUUACCAUGCUCAUAUUCAUUAUGAUGGAAGAAAUGGACAUGCUUUGUGCAAUGACUUAUUGACCAACUAUGCCGAGCAUUUUCGAACAAUCGAUCAUGGUAGUGCCAAGCAGGCUACCGGAUGGAGUCCCGGUUAUACACUAUCGACUGCACUUCUUCAAAUUGUCACCUUUUUUGCUGAGCCUGAUCUGGUUGUUAAUCCAUCUCCACAAAGCAUUGAGAAUUUACAUAGAAUUGUAAAAAAAUUUAAAUGUAUUACAUGUGAUCAUACCUAUGACAAACCAAAUCCAAUUGUAGUUGAUUAUACUGCUAUAGUAUCAGUUAAACCAGAAGAAAAUCAAGAAAUAUUGACAAAAGAAGAUGAAGAGCAAUUGAAGGUAGAACGUGAACGCAUAAAAUUUCAGCGUGAACUUAUAGAAAAAUUAACAUGUGGUGUAACUAAACAAAAUGUUAUCGAAGAUAAUAUUUGUUUAGGAUAUCCACUAUUGAUUAAACGUGACAAUAUCGGAAGAUUAUGGUCAGAAAUUGUUUUGGAACUUAUCUCAUACGAUGCAUAUGUUGCAGAAAUACAAAAAACAGGUGGAGAUAAAUUAGAUUUUUAUGAACAUUGGCAAUUUCGUUCAGUAACAGGACGAGAUUAUAAUCAUUGGUUACCGAUAUAUAUUAAUGAGAAUCAUUUUGAAAAAGGAAAAUUAAUUAUUCAAAAUAGUAUUAGUGUCAUUCAUUAUGGUACUGCUCGUGGUAAUGCAAGAUAUGAUUUUACUCCAUCAAUGGCUUUGAGUGUAUUAACAGCAUUGAUGAAUAAAUCAGCUGUACAAUUAUUCAAUGGUCAAAUGUUUGAAUCAAGACAUGCCAUAGAAGCUUAUUGUCAUUUUUUACGUUUAUUAAUGCAUUUCAUUGAUAUUUAUCCUGAAUUAGAUCGAAAAAUUAAUGAUAGAAUAGAAAAUUUUAUGAGAGGAUUACGUUAUCGUAAUAAAAAUAUUACACCAGAUAUGGGUGAAUUUUUAAUACAAAUUGCAUUGUCAAGUAAAUAUAAAUUAGAUGAAAUUAGAAAAUAUGUUUAUGAAGAAUAUUUUGCUCGACAAAUCUAUUGGAUUGAACGAAAUAGUUCGAUUAGAAAUUUAUUAGAUAUACGAUCUCCUGAUUUACUGGAUAUAUUUAAAUCUGUAAAAGUAUCAAAUCAUCUAUUAGUAUUCAAUUUAGAAAUGGCUCAAACAUUUAUUUUCUCUGGAGUAAAAAAAUUUUUAGAUGCAGCAUACGGAUAUCCACCACCAGUUAUUGUUGAAAAUUUUCAACAGCGCUUAAAAGCUAUAAAAGUAAUAGAUCGAUACAGUGAAUUUAUUCAAGCUAUCAGACUGAGUGAUAAGAUCAGAUCAUCAGAUGAUACGAUUGAUUUAAUAAAACGUUCUAUCCAAAUAUCUAAUGAACAAGGCUAUACAAGAAUAGUUUCCAGAGAUCAAGAACGAAUUGAUCACCAAAAUAAACGAACACGAUAUGAAUAUGAAUAUCAACGAAGAUCUUAUCAUUGA